AUCAGUAUAACAAUUGUUAGUGGAUUGGCUGAUAAGUAAGUUGUUGUUAUAUGAGAUCUAAGAGUGUCGAAGAUUAGAUAAUGGAGUGUCCACUAUGUUCUACAGCACUUCGUCAACAUUUAUUACAACCCACACUCUCCAUUAUAUCAUGUCCUAAUGAGAAAUGUAUUUAUCCAUUUAACUUAUCAAUAAGUGAAAUGAAACAGAAUAAUCUUAUACUUCCCAAUAUCACUAAUUCAGACAUUAUGUAUCAUAUGGAAUCCAAAAUGGUUAAUGAAGCUCAAGUUGAUAAGAAUAUAGCUAGAUUCAUCUCGAAGCAAGAUGAUGAUAUAGUGUAGAGAUGAAGAUAGAGCCAUACAUUCAUAUAUAUAUAUAUAUAUAUAUAUAUGUA